AUGGAAAUCAACAACAAUUUCACCGAGGACGAGAUCUUCAUUGCCAGGGUGCUAUUGGAGCUGCGAGGAGAAGUUUUUGACGACGAAGCCAUGGAACCAAUACCCGUGGAAGCCGCAGAAGCCAUUCAAGCCAUAGAACCCGUCGAACCUGCGGUGCCUGAGGUACCCAUUGAGCCCGUGGAACCCGCGGUAGACCAGGUUCCCGUUGAGGCCGUGGCACCUAUGCCGCACGUCGCUCCUCUGGUAGAACCUAUGGUACUCGAAGCACCCUUGGAGCCACUGGUGCCCGUAGAACCCGAGGUACCCAUGGAACCCGCGGCAAUGGAACCGAUGGUGCCUAUAGGUUCUGGCCAAACAUUGGUGCCUCUUAGGAAAUUUUUGAGAGUCAAAUGGGAUUCCUACACUGUGGCAACCAGGUCCUUACUACGGGCGUUGUUCUCACAAUCAUCACCAGCCUUCUUAGAUAGGCCAGUCAAGGCAUGCUUAGACGCGCAGAUUGUAGACGACAUCGUCACGACGGUCCAAACGCGGUUUAAAGCGUGUAAAUUGAAGAAGAGUAUGAUCAGGUGCUUUACAAAGAAGAUGGACCGAAUGAGACCACUUCAGGUGAUCGAAGGCUAGUUACCUACUAUUUGAGUAGCUACUAUCUUGUCGUCCGACCAUCCAUUCAACAAUAUUAUUUUUGAUGCGUUACGACGACAUCGCACAGAGUUACGGGGAGCCAGUGGGUGCAGGUGGCGAGUUGUCGUUCAACGUGGACUCCAGGGGGAAUAUUCCGGCUGUUAA